CCGCAAUUACGCCAUGCCGCCCGAGGAUUCUUCUGCAACCAAGCCAAAGCCAAAGCGAUCGAGAGCAGGCUGUUACACGUGUAAAAUACGCAAAGUGCGGUGCGGAUCUCCGCGUGAUGGUGACCACGCGACGUUGUCAGCGUGUGCAAAUUGUGAGAGACUUGGGUUGCCAUGUCAAUGGAACAAGCCCGCCGAAGGAGAGAAUUAUACCCCGCCGCCCAAACGUCGAAGAACCGUCGGAAACCGCCGCAGAGGCCAAGAUGGCGACGCGUCGCCAUCGCCUCUCCCACAACAGAUCCUCCAGGAAGGUUCCAACGAGCCUGCUGAAUCAACUAAAUCAGCCGACGCAGCUGAGUUCGAACCACAGGCUUUCACGGAUCUUACAGAUCUCCAAUUAGAUCUGCCUGAGGAGUUUGACUUCGAUGCCGGCCUAGGCGUGGAGCCGCAUUUAUUUUGGUCUGGGGAAGGGGUAGACUUUAUCCCUCUCCCUCUCAUAGAAUCAACUCCUACGUUGUUCCAAACAACUGCGGAUAACUAUUUACAAGUGGAGAUGCCCCCAGUGGCUCAACUUCCUUGUCUUAGCCCUGACACUGAUCGGGAUCCACUAGGUCAAGACACUGACAUAUCCGACUUUUCGAUUACAGGCAACGUCGAUACUCGGCGAUUGAUACAGCAUUAUCUUGAAGUCAUGAAUGGUUAUUCAAAGGUAACUGAUCAUGGCAGUAACAAUAACAACCUCUUCAUUGCAGCAUUCUCGAAGUCGCUGUUCUUUAUGCCGCUCUACUACGCAAUCUUAUCAUUCUCUGCAUCUCAUCUGUCAUUACAGGAUCCAUCACUUGCUGAUACAGCCUGUCGUCUCGACAAUCUCGCUGAGGAGCAUUUCAAUCGUGCCUUCCAAGAUUAUACAGCAAAAGUAGAAGGUCUCCUAUCUGCGCUCUUUGUUCGCGUCAAGAGAGUCCACGUUAUGGGAGAGAGCGUCAGUUCCUUCUUGAGACUCAUAUCCAUCGCCACCGAGAUCAUCUUUAGCAACCAAGGACGAGAAGCGUUGGAGAAGCCCUCGGAAUUAUCGGGACGGAUUGUUCUCCGCCUUGCUACUCUUGACGCUAGGGCUUCGUGUUAUAGAUUAGGCGGCGGGCUUCUGGUCAGACGAUUACGCGAGAUUCCUUCGCUCUCCUUCAUUUUCAAGUUUGAGGAUAAUGAAUCAUCGUCAACGAGUGCAUUUGUUCAUCUGUUGCGUGCUGACAUUCUUCGCAUGCGAGUUGGGCAGCUCGACCUGAGGGUUCACGAACAUAAGGGCUCAGUCGAACUUGACGAGGUAGAAAUGCUACAAGCAGAUAUAAAGACUCUCAUUCAUCGGUGGGAGCAGCACCUAUCAAAGUAUACCAAAGAAGGGGCCACAGUCUCGGCUUUGCCUGCGGGUGUGUACGGCUGUUAUACCGUGUUGGGUGCUCUCCACUCAGCUUUACUGUAUCUUCACAGUGUUUAUACUCCAUUGAUAGCCACUGCUCCGUGGCCAAAAUUCUGA